ACUCAUCUCACGCCAGGCCUUGCGUUAACCAAUCAUGUACGCUGAGUUUCCAGAACGGAAGUGACUCUCCCUGGAACCAGUUUUGUUGUUAGUGACGGUCUCCAUAGUAACGCGCACGGUCUCUUUCCCCUAACUGCAGGUUCCCUCGUACUAUCAUGGACGAGCCGGUUUCGAGCGAGUGCAUCUACAACCUACUGCCCCGUCCCGAAGAGCCACCUCGCCGUCGGCUCAAGUAUCUUUCAAAACAACGGAAAAUUGUACAAGAUGACUGGAAUAGUAAGAAGUCUUCACACAAAACAAUGGGUUUACCCAAGGUUGAACCUCCUUGUCCAAAACGUCAUCUGUUGAAGCAUUCCAAGGAACAAAAACUACCAGAAAGGGAACCUUAUAAAGUCCCUGUGGAUGGAGUAAAGACAUCGAUUCCAUCUGAAAAGCCACUUAUGGGACUCCAGACAAAGAAAAAUUUUGUUGAAGCCAAUAUAGCUGAAGUCAAGAUGUCAGUGCCCAAGAAACCUGUGCCCAUCUAUGUCGAUACCAGGAGAGGAAAUAAAAACUUAUUGGAACCAUCAGGGCUUCUUCCCACCCUCCUGCACAGAAAGGGCUAUGGUAAAAUACCAGAUUAUAUAAUCAAGCGGACUGAAGAGGAGAAGAAAGCUCAAGAAGAAUAUGAUGCCUACGUAAAGGAGCGUAUUCGGCAAGGUUCCAUGAAACUGUUAUCUGAAGAGGAGAGAAAUGAUGUGUUAAUGGGACUAAAGCAGAACUGGGAGGAACUGAAUUGUGCAUUUCAAGGUCUUUCAAUAUUGAUAGAUACUCUUUCCAAGCAACACCAUAAAGAAAAACUUGAGGCCAAAAUGAAAAAGCUAGAGGAAGACAUUAACUUGAUUGAGAGACAUAAAUUUAUAUACAUUCCACGAAAUUAAAGGUCAAAAUAAGUUUAUUAUGUCUGUUUUGGAAAAAGUAAACUGUAUUGUAAAAUGCACCUUGUUGCCUUUUGAUCCUCAUAAUUGCUCAUAUAAAAUCUGUCUACAGUUUUCAUAUUUACAGGAUGUAUGCAUGUAAGUGCAAAAAUGGAGAAAUUGAUGCAACAAGAGAACAAUGCAUUAUUAUCACAAAAUUUUGCUAUUAUUUCUUUGACAUAGAAUUGUUUUAAGAUAACAAGGAAACAAUUUUUCGUAUUGUAUAAAGAUGUUAAAUACUCAUUUUGUAUCAAUAACAGUGAUUUUUCUGAGAAGCUAUCAGUGGGUGUGAAUCUGAAUCUAUCAUUUCAGAACUACUGGAUUGAAAUUUACACUUAGAAAGUUACAUCAUUGACAGAAUAUGGUUAAACAAUA